AGCUGUCAAAAAAAGCAGAAACCAAUCAAGCACUUCUUCGUUGUUCGCAUUCGUUAUUCGUACGAUCCCGUUUUGCUCAUUAUUUGGGAGAUCUUUUUGCUGCUGGCUGAUAAGCUAAUCUAUAUUUCCAGUGCAUUUUUGGUUCAAAGUUCCGUUGCCAGCAGAGGCAAGCCGCUUAAGGGAGAGCAGUCGAAUAAAACACCGAAAAGUACCAGUGCACAGAGAUAACAAAAACAAUCGGACUUCGCGCGAUCGGCUGGGUAACAUUGCAGUGCAAAGGUGUCGCUAUUCUGGAAUUGCUUUACUGUGGUAUAUUAGUCAUCUCGACGGUGCAAUGAUUCGCUGAGAACGAGCAAAGACAGACCUUUACAAGCGGAACGAUCCAUCGCGGUGAAUUGGAGAAGCAGAAACACAAAUUGAACUGCAGCCCAGCCGUCAUUUCUUCCCUUCUGGCCUUAUCUCUACGGUGUAUCGCAAUCAGCGACAAUGGGACAAACGCUGUCCGAGCCGGAAACGUCCAAGGAGUCAGCUUUUUGCCAGAAUGACUACUACAAAGUUGGCUCCAGCUGCAUGCAGGGAUGGCGUAUACAUAUGGAAGAUUCACACACUCAUAUUCUGUCGCUUCCGGAUGAUCCGGGAACGGCAUUUUUCGCGGUGUACGACGGUCAUGGUGGAGCCAACAUUGCACAGUACGCCGGCAAGCAUCUGCAUAAAUUUGUCACGCGACGGCCAGAGUAUGGCAACGACGUGAAGCGAGCUUUGCAGAGAGGAUUUUUGGACAUUGACGAAGCCAUGCUGAAUGACGAAUCGCUGAAGGAACAGAUGGCCGGAUCGACUGCCGUUGCCGUUGUGAUUAAGAAUGAUCGGUUGUAUUGUGCAAAUGCGGGCGAUUCCAGAGCGAUUGCCUGCAUCGGGGGAAAGUUGGAUGUACUUUCAUUCGAUCACAAACCUAACAAUCCGAGUGAGCUUGAAAGGAUAAAGAAAGCUGGUGGAUAUGUGGAGUACAAUAGGGUUAACGGAUAUCUGGCGCUUUCGAGGGCGUUGGGCGAUUUUAGUUUGAAGCGGAGCAGUGACAAACUGCCGGAGGAACAGGUUGUGACGGCCUAUCCAGAUGUGGAAGAACGACAGAUCAGUGAAGAUUGGGAUUUUUUGGUGAUUGCUUGUGAUGGGAUUUGGGAUGUUCUGCCGAGUCAAUCGGUGUUGGAGUUUGUUCAAGCGGAGAUUGCCCAGGGAAUUUAUCCGCAGAAUAUCUGUGAAAAUCUAAUGACGCGUUGUCUCGCCCCGGAUUGUCAAAUGGGCGGAAUUGGAGGGGACAACAUGACAGUAAUAAUUGUAUGUUUUCUGCAUGGUCGGCCCUACGAGGACUUGGUAACAAGAUGCAAGGAACAUGUCACUGAUAUGAACCAACAAAUGGCGCAAAUGUUUAUCGACCACGAGUCCGGUUUUGUACCGCAAGGUUCCAGCACAAUAACUUCGGUGGAAACGGUUGAUGAUGAUUCAUCUCCAAUUUCUUCACCCGAACAAUCCCCGAAAGCGUUGACAGCGCAAAAAUCAAGUACUGUCGAGUCUUCGCCGGACGAGGACGACACCAGCGAUGAGCUGGAUUUGAAAUAAGGACGUCUGGUACGACUAUCGCUUUCAGUGUUCUCUUUCACAAGCCCCAUGUUCUGUGGUUCCUUCCAAUUGUGAAAUCUGUAGGUUGUUAUUGUCUUAUCAUUUUUUCCGAAGUCGACGAACUUCACGUAGGAAGGGGAAAGUUUAUUUAGAUGUCGAUUGAUCGUUGGAACUAUUCUAGAAUGUCACCCUCUUGUAGGGGAAACCGUAUAAAUUCCACAAAGUCACUUUGUUUAGAUGAUGUCUUCAAACUGUAGUAAAUUUUAUACUAAACCUGACAUACUCCGAGAAAUCCUUUGAGAGGUCUAAGAAAAGGAAACAACUACAAAUCAUCGAAAUGUAAAAAGCACUUUCAAAAUUUUUUAUUCAAUCGGACAAAUCAAUUUGUGUUGCACGUGUUAUUGAACCUCCCAAUAGGCGAAUUCCAGUCAAGAGUAAGUGCAAAUAACAUCCACCGAUUGCGUAUCAAACGGAGUAGUAUGAUAAUAAUUUCGACUAUGUAGUUUACAAAUUAGUUUUUACGUUCCGUACAUUGUGCAGCAUAGUUCAUUUUUUUAAUCAAACUUACUUUUCACUUAGAAUAGGCCAUCAGUGGAAGUAGAGAACUCGCACUACCUACAUCGGUUGAAGCUUUACUUUUUACUCAACUUAGAUAUUUCAUUUAGACGGUAACAGAGAAUACAAAUACGCGAGCCAAAAAGAAUUACAAAAUAUCAAACAAUACAAAGAACAAGAUGCAAUUAAGAAAAAUGAAAGAAAGAAUACGCUUCUUUAUAAUAUACCUAGUUGAACUGAAGUAGGAAGACUUUUUUAUUGCUGCUGUUUAUCUAUCGUCACUGGUCAGGACGCGAAUCAAAGAAACGACACAACAAAACUAUACUGAAAUAGGAACAUUUUAGAACAUUCUUUCUUAUUAUUUUUAGUCUCUGUCCUUUUACCCAUAGUGAUAAGCUUUGAUAUGUCGAAAGGAGUAGAAUAAAACGAAGCUUGUGUGACAGCGCGAAUGCGUGAUUUUUUCUACCCCUGGGGACCUUUAUACUUCGCUGCGUACUCCCAAAAUUUACCGCUAGAUAUAAAAAUGUGUAUGAACGGAAUCGGUGGAAUAAAAUAUAUAGGAAAAUAAGAGAAGACAUAGAAAAAUAUCUUGCUGUAAUAACGAAUACCUUGACCUGUGCUAGUAGGAUUGGCGUUCUUCUGUUUGAUAUUUGACAUAGUGUUUUCCAGUUGCCUACCGAUUAGACUCGGAACGUACCUGCCCCAAAGCACAGAGUCUGCCUGCAACUGCAGUUCGUUGUGGAAGAACGCCUACAAGGUGCACCGUCAGUUGCUGAGAUAUUUUCAAAUAAAAUUUUUCCAAAAAUUA